UCGUUAGUCAGAGCCAAUGAAGUAACCAGCCCUGUGAUCCCAGGAUAGGAACUCAAGCACUCCAAUACAUCACAACAUGGUAGUCUGGGCUCUGUGAAAUAUCCCGGGACAGGAGACCGGACAACUAGAUAAAUCCUGAGCCUGUAUCCAGGCACCGUGCUACAUUGUGGAAUCGGAGCCCAGGCCUCAAGGUAUAUACUGGGACAGAAACGUAUAACUGGUGAAGACUCACCCAACUGCAAUAUACAAGACAGGAGCCCUGACAUCCUGGGAAUUCCAGGAUAAGAACCACCUCUCUGGGAAAGAGCAUACAGAUCCCAGGAAGUGCAUUCACCCAGUCAGAGGGAAUGGGGAAUAUUUCAUCAACUAUAAAUAGCUGGUCUGAAAACCUGAACACUCCACAACUUGUGAGGGAUUUGGGUUUACAGGAUCAUUAUCCUCACAAACUGUCACUGACGUCCAUGCGGGAGAUAUCCUGGGGUAAACUGGACGACAGCAAACCAACUCGACCAGAAGAUCUUCCUUGGCGAUUUCUCCAAAUGAUCCUCUCAGCUAAUUCACUUGUGAGGAAUCCUGAAUGGCCCCCUGCUCAGUCCUUGGAAGACAACAAAGAUUAUGUUGAUGAUUUCUAUGAUUUCUUUGAAGUGAAAGAGCCAGGGGAUUCUGGGAUUAAUCCUCUGGAUAUCAUUGCUGCCAUUUUCCUCUGUGCCGACCACUCUCUCCAGCAGGAACUGAUGCUGAAGAUGUCUCUGUGCCAACUUGCAUUACCCUUUCUGCUGCCGGAAGGGCACAGGGACAAAGUGAGGGGACCCAUGGAAGGGCCUGGUACCACCCUUCUCCUCUGGGCCAUGAGGCCCAUUGUUAAAAUGUGGUGCCCACAAUCUCCCACAGGGAGCAGCCCCGUUGUGGAGAUGCCCAUCGUGACAGCAACCGUGCCAACUGUCUCCUUCCUCAGACUCGGAAGGUGCACGGUGUCCAAAUCCAAACUCCUCAAUCUCAACUUGAGCCAGACCCAGCUGCAGCAGAACAUCUUCCUGCACUCCAGGAUGGAAUGUGGGAAUGUGCCCUGUGAGAUAUCGGAUGGGAUGGCUGAGAUCAGCUGGUAUCUACCUUCUGGGAAGAGCAACACGGACAUUUUCCCGGAGGCUGCUGCAUUCAUCAACCUCCGAGGUGAUGCUGAAACUAACCAGGGACACACUCGGUUUCUGGCAAAAGUCUCUGCUGCUCUCUUUAUUUUCAUUGACGUUAUCGGUGAGAAGGAAAGAGAAUUCCUCACCUCUCUCGCACAGUCACCGGCAAAACUCUUUCUGAUAGUGAACACUUACAUCAGUCAGCACCACAUCACCCCUAAGCAGGUAAAGAACCUGUUCAAAGAUCUGAAGUUACAACCUCAACAAUGUAUUGUUCGGAAAAAUGUAAACGAGCCGAAACUUGUGGAAAAACUUCAUACUCAGAUAAAACAAGUGAUUCUAAUGAGGAACAGGGACCAGAAAUUCUUGAGUCUGGAACAAAUGUGUGACAUUGCGAGAGAAAGUGGGAUUCAGGUCGAUGAACAUCAGCCUGAAAUACAACGGGACAAGAACCUGACGUCCAAACCACAGAGAGAGGCCGACCAUGGAGACAGUUGGGGAUCAGAGGAUCCAUCUCACCGGAAUUCACCAGGUCUCCCACAGGGAAUGGCUGGUGAUCCAUCAGCUGGAAAUAACUUUACAAAGUUACAACCACAACAAUGUUUUUUUCAGACAAAUGUAAGUGAGGCAACACUUGUAGAAAAAUGUAAUUCUUCGAUGCAACAAGUUACAUGGAUGAGGGACAGGGAUCAGAGCUUCCUGAGUCUGGAGCAAAAAACGGGUAACAUUGCGAGGGAAAGUGGGAUUCUGUUUAAUGAACAUCAUUCUGAAAUAGAACAAGCCAAGGACCUGACGUCCAAACCACAGAGAAAGGCCGACCUUGGAGAUGGCAGGAAAUCAGAGGAAAUGCCAUCUCACCGGCAUUUACCGGGUCUCCCAGAGGGAAUGAUCGGUGUUUCACCAGCUGGAAAUAACCAAUCUGAAAAUCGGAGCCCCCUACAACUUGUGAGGGAUUUAGGUUUACAGGAUCAUUAUCCUCACAAACUGUCACUGACGUCCAUGCGGGAGGUAUCCUGGGGUAAACUGUACGACAGCAAACCAACUAGACCAGAAGAUCUUCCUUGGCGAUUUCUCCAAAUGAUCCUCUCAGCUAAUUCACUUGCGAGGAAUCCUGAAUGGCCCCCUGCCCAGUUCUUGGAAGACAAGAAAGAUGAUGUUGAAGAUUUCAACGAUUUCUUUGAAGUGAAAGAGCCAGCAGAUUCUGGGAUUAAUCCUCUGGAUAUCAUUGCUGCCAUUUUCCUCUGUGCCGACCACUCUCUCCAGCAGGAACUGAUGCUGAAGAUGUCUCUGUGCCAACUUGCAUUACCCUUUCUGCUGCUGGAAGGGCACAGUUACCCCAGGGACAAGGUGAGGGGACCCAUGGAAGGACCUGGUGCCACCCUUCUCCUCUGGGCCAUGAGGCCCAAUGUUAAAAUGUGGUGUCCACAAUCUCCCACAGGGAACAGCCCCGUUGUGGAGAUGCCCAUCGUGACAGCAACCGUGCCAACUGUCUCCUUCCUCAGACUCGGAAGGUGCACUGUGUCCAAAUCCAAACUCCUCAAUCUCACCUUGAGCCAGACCCAGCUGCAGCAGAACAUCUUCCUGCACUCCGGGAUGGAAUGUGGGAAUGUGCCCCGUGGGAUAUCGGAUGGGAUGGCUGAGAUCAGCUGGUAUCUACCUUCUGGGAAGAGCAACAUGGACAUUUUCCCGGAGGCUGCUGCAUUCAUUAACCUCCGAGGCGAUGCUGAAACGUACCAGGGACACACUCGGUUUCUGGCAAAAGUCUCUGCUGCUCUUUUUAUUUUUAUUGACGUUGUCGGUGAGAAGGAAAGAGAAUUCCUCACCUCUCUUGCACAGUCACCGGCAAAACUCUUUCUGAUAGUGAACACUUACAUCAGUGAGCAACACAUCACUCCUGAGGAGGUAAAAAAACUGUUCAAGGACCUGAAGUUACAACCUCAACAAUGCAUUGUUCGGACAAAUGUAAAUGAGGCCAAACUUGUGGAAGAUCUUCGUUCUCUGAUAAAACAAGUGAUUCUAAUGAGUGACGGGGACCAGAGCUUCCUGAGUCUGGAACAAAUGGGUGACAUUGCGAGAGAAAGUGGGAUUCAGGUCGAUGAACAUCAGCCUGAAAUACAACGGGCCAAGGACCUGUCCAAAAUACUGGGCAGUCUUGACCCUGCAGACAUCACUGGGUAUAAAAAGAGAGUGCUGCCCUUUCAUGGAGAGCCCUGGCAAGGGCUGUCUAAAGUUGAGAAAGAGAAAUCUCGGAUGAAACUCCGCGGGGACAGAACCACAGAAAAGUAUAACCACGAGUUGGACCGAGACAAGAAUAGAAUCCGGGAAGCUCAGCUCAGACAGAGCCUGUCGGUGGAGAUGCAGAUAUUCAUUGACCACCUUACCUGUCCUGGUGGGGAUGACAGGGCCAUUUCCUUGCAGUGGCUGAAGCUGAUGCUGGACAGUAAAUCAAGGGAAAUCAUGGCAGGAUUGCGCAGGGAUUAUAAAGAACUGAGCACACACUCAAAGCAGAAGGCCAAGGAGCUGAAGGACAUGGAUCAGAAGAUGACUGAUAGUUCCCUGGGACUUGAGCACUUCAUGAGGGAACUGGGCCAGGUUUAUGAACUCUCAGUGACACAACACAACAUCAAGCAACAAACACAGAUCCACCCACAUGUGCUUCAGUUACCGGGUGUUGCUGCUGAACUGUUGCUGGAUGGGUUCCCACUGGAGCUCAUUGAUGGAGACGUCUCCAACGUUCCUGUUUCAUGGAUCACUGCUGUACUGGAAGCAGUGGCCGAGAAGGUGGGACGUGCUUCCAGAGUGUUUGUGCUGACAGUGAUUGGAGUUCAGAGCACAGGCAAGUCCACGCUCCUCAAUACAAUGUUCUGUUUGCGGUUUGCUGUGAGCAGCGGCCGAUGUACUCGAGGGGCCUACAUGCAGCUGAUGAAGGUCACAGGGAAACUGGCGGAGGAGCUGGGCUGUGACUUCAUCCUGGUCAUUGACACGGAGGGGCUGAGAGCUCCAGAACUUGCAACACUAACAGACAGCUACGAACAUGACAAUGAGCUGGCAACAUUCGUGGUGGGAUUAAGCAACAUAACGUUGGUAAACAUAGGCAUGGAAAACAUCGCAGAGAUGAAAGAUAUUUUACAGAUUGUUGUUCAUUCCUUACUCCGCAUGAAACUGACGGGGAAAAGACCAAAGUGUAUAUUUAUCCACCAGAAUGUUGGAGAUGUGAGUGCACAUGAUCACAAUCUGAGAGGCCGUCAGAAACUGCUGGAACAGCUGGAUAAGAUGACAGAGGCUGCAGCAAAACUGGAGAAGGUGGAGGGAGUUACGUUCCAUGAUGUGAUGGACUAUGAUGCUGACAAGGACAACUGGUACAUCCCUGGUCUGUGGCAAGGUACACCCCCAAUGGCUGCCGUCAACACUGGCUACAGUGAACACGUCUUCCAACUGAAGAAAAGUCUCAUUCAAUGUUUACUCAAAGGGAAACUAGACCAAGGAGCUUUCACAAUCCCAGACUUUACCAAAUGGAUGACUGGCCUUUGGGAGCAGGUGAAACAUGAGAAUUUCAUUUUCAGCUUCCAGAACAGUCUGUUCGCAGAGGCUUACAACCAGCUCUCUGUGAAGUACAAGGACUGGGAGUGGGAGCUCCGCAAAUUCACACACUCCUGGGGAAACGAGGCUGAAAACAGAGUAAACAAUGCCAGUGGUGACCUCAACCGACUGCUCCAAACAUUGGAACGUGAGAUCAGGACGGAGAUUAACAAAAGGGAGGCUGAGACUCUGGAUAAACUAAAAGCUGUGUUUGAAAGUGGGGCUGAUAACGUGCAGCUGAUGGAGAAAUACAGGGAGGAAUUCAAGCUCAGUAUCUCCAGUUUAUGCAGACGGCUUCAGGAUGAUUCAAUGCAGAGAUGUAGGGAUACAGUGAACAGACGUGUGGGACUGCAGGAAGUGGAUGCUAGUUGGAAUCAAUUUCAUCAGAAGAUCGAACAACAAGUCAAGAAGCUUUUAUUAAAGUGUAAAGGGGCAAAUCAGGUGUUGGAUGACGAGGAACUGCUAACUGCCUUUGGAAAGAUGUGGCAAGACACACUGUCACAAUUGGACUAUCAGCCUUGUAGAGAAAGAAACAUUGAACUGGAGAUUGAAAAUCUUCUCAGGGAGAACACAGCAACUCAAGGGAGGGUGAUUAAUAAAAUUCUUGAAAGAAAAUCUCUCUAUAAACAGGGAACCCGGUGCUUUCAAAUUGAAAGGAAACACAUCAAUGCGACAUGGAAGAGACGUGUUAAAUCCACAAUCGGGAUAUCCUCGCACCAAUCAGAUGUUAAUCAUGCAGCAAUGAUAACACAGUUCCUAGAGAGUCAAUGCCAUCAAUGGAUCAGUGACAUCACAAAAAUGGACAUGGAUUAUGACAAUAGGUAUUGUAUUGAUCUUUUGAAUAUUAUACAGGAGAAAAUUAACAAUAUUUCACACCCAAACUUCACAAUGAGUGAGGAAUUCAGGGCUGAGGUUAAACUUCACCUGUGCGGUUACGCUGUACCAAGAUUCCAAGAGAUGCACAUGAGGUUCAUCCAGAAACACGACCCGCGGCAAAGACUGGAAAACAUGAAGGGUCAAUACUAUGAUCUCUUCAUUGAUAUUUACUCAGAGCAGGAUGAGAACCAGAGACAAGCAGAACGGUUUGCACAAUCUUGUUUCUUGCCAGCUCUCAUAGACGCCACCCUCAAGUCUCUCAGUGUGAACAUCGUAGAUGAUAUGAAACAAAAUGACCCUGAGAGCAAGUACAGUCUCCGCAACAACUUCACUGUGGCCCUCCUGGUGCACUUAAAACAAAGCGAUACAUUUGAUGACUAUCACCGGUAUAUCACUGACCUUGAGAAUUUCGCCAAAGACUGGCUCCAUCACCAGGUUAUUGAACACUGCAAGACACAACGUGAUGGAGAGAGCACGUUUACCCGUCUGGCUAAAGGAAUCCUCACACAGAUCACUGGGAAAGCUAAAGAGAUUGUUGAGGAUGCAGUGAUGCAGAACUUUGCUGGAAAUGCUCAGAGCUUCCUGGACAUGUUUGUUGAAAAGUUAAAGGACAGGAUCUCAAUGCCCAAAGAUGAAAUGAAACUCGUUCUGUUUCACAGUGACGUUGAUGGCAAGAAAUGGGCAGAAGCAGUUCUGCCAUCUAUUGAAGAGGUGGAGCAGAGACUCCUCAGUGAGGUAACAGGCUGGGAUGUCCAAGCAAAGAUUGAAGAAUUAUCCAUUAAACCCAGGGAUGAGUUGUUCAAAGGGUUAUUCAAUUGUACCAAGAAAUGUCCUUUCUGUGGGGUUUUCUGUGAUUCAGAGACCCCGGUACACUCACAGCACUCUUGUAAGCAGCACAGACCUGGAGGACUCAGUUGCUAUCGCUUCAUAGAAAGUGAACGUCUUGUAACUGACGUCUGCACAGCUUCAGUCGCAGGUAACGGAUUGUUUAAAAAUAACGACACAAAUGGAGAAUACAAACCCUACAAGGAUUACCAAACUGUAAAUGAUUACUACAAAUCCUGGAUCAUCCAGCGGGAAAUUUCCGCACAGGCAGCAUCCUAUUGGAAGAAGGUUUUCUACACUUUCAAUAAGCAGUUUGCUGAAAAAUACAAAGCAAAACCUGCAAAGAUCGAUGAAGCCUGGAACAUUGACUGGGAUGUAGUGAGGGGAGAUCUGAAUAAGACGUAUAACACAAACAUUCAGUCUUGGUGAGGUGCCUUUACAUGACAUCACUCAGUUAGACGUAGAAAUGGACAAACUGCUUCCCUAUAAAGGAAAUGGCAGAGAAAAUCACACAACAUUAAAAUUCAAAUCUGAUUAUAAAUCAUAAAACGAUUAGCAGAGUAGAUAGUUUCAACCAAUUGCUUAUUAAAAUUGCCUUUGCAGAAGUAACCAAAGAGGUUGAGGGCAAAGCCGUAGACUUUGUGUGUAUGGACUUCAGCAAACCUUUGAUAGAUUUCUGCAUAGUGGCUGCUCCAGAAGGAUAGAUCGCAUGGAUCCAGGGAGAGCCAGCUGACUGGACAGAGAAUUAGCUUCAUGGAAGGAAGCAGAGGUGGUGGUGUAAGGUUGUAUCAUGGACCGGAGGCCUGUGACUGGUGAUGUGCCCCAGAGAUCCUUGCUGUUUGUGCUUUAUAAGAACAUAGAACAGGACAACACAGGAACGGGCCCUUCAGCUACAAUCUUUGUGCCAAACAUGGAAGCUAGCUACACUGAUUUCAUCUGCCUCCAUAACCCUCCAUUUCCUGCAAACCCACGUACCUAUUUAAAAGCUUCUUAAACAUCGCUAUCAUAUCUGCCUCCACCAGCACCCUUGGCAAUACGUUCCAUCUAUCCACCAGCCGUUGUAUAAAAAAAAAAACUUGCCCCACAUCUCUAUUAUAUUUCCCCUCUUGCCUUGUAGCUACGUCCUCUGGAGUUGGACAUUUCCACUCUGGGAAUAUAGUUGUGACUGUCUACCCAAUCUAUAAUUUUAUAUAUAACCAUAUCACAAUUACAGCACGGAAACAGGCCAUCUCGACUCUUCUAGUCCGUGCCGAACACUUAUUCUCCCCUAGUCCCGUCUACCUGCACUCAGACCAUAACCCUCCAUUCCUUUCCCAUCCAUACAACUAUCCAAUUUAUUUUUAAAUUAUAAAAUCGAACCUGCCUCCACCACCUCCACUGGAAGCUCAUUCCACACAGCUACCACUCUCUGAGUAAAGAAGUUCCCCCUCAUGUUACCCCUAAACUUCUGUCCCUUAAUUCUCAAGUCAUGUCCUCUUGUUUGAAUCUUUCCUACUCUCAGUGGGAAAAGCUUAUCCACGUCAACUCUGUCUACCCCUCUCAUCAUUUUAAAGACCUCUAUCAAGUCCCCCAUUAACCUUCUGCACUCCAAAGAAUAAAGACCUAACUUGUUCAACCUUUCUCUGUAACUUAGUUGCUGAAACCCAGGCAACAUUCUAGUAAAUUUCCUCUGUACUCUCUCUAUUUUGUUGACAUCCUUCCUAUAAUUAGGCGACCAAAAUUGUACACCAUACUCCAGAAUUGGCCUCACCAAUGCCUUGUAUAAUUUUAACAUUACAUCCCAACUUCUAUAGUCAAUGCUCUGAUUUAUAAAGGCCAGCACACCAAAAGCUUUCUUUACCCCCCUAUCUACAUGUGAUUCCACCUUCAGGGAACUGUGCACAGUUAUUCCUAGUUCCCUCUGUUCAACUGCAUUCCUCAAUUCACUACCAAUUACCGUGUACGUCCUAUUUUGAUUUGUCCUGCCAAGAUGUAGCACCUCACACUUAUCAGCAUUAAACUCCAUCUGCCAUCUUUCAGCCCACUCUUCCAAAUGGCCUAAAUCCCUCUGUAGACUUUGAAAAUCUACUUCAUUAUCUACAACACCACAUAUCUUAGUAUCAUCUGCAUACUUACUAAUCCAAUUUACCACAUCAUCAUCCAGAUCAUUGAUGUACAUGACAAACAACAGUGGACCAAACACAGAUCUCUGUGGCACCCCACUGGUCACUGGCCUCCAACCUGACAAACAGCCAUCCACCAUUACUCUCUGGUAUCUCCCAUUCAGCCACUGUUGAAUCUAUCUUGCUACUCCACCAUUAAUACCCAACAAUUGAACCUUCGUAACCAACCUUUCAUAAGGAAACUUGUCAAAGGCCUUACUGAAGUCCAUAUAUACAACAUUUACUGCUUUACCCUCAUCAAUUUCCUGAGUAGCCCUCUUCAAAAAAUUCAAGAAGAUUAGUCAAACAUGACCUUCCAGGCACAAAUCCAUGACUGUUCCUAUUCAGACCCUGUUUAUCCAGAUGCUUAUAUAUAUUAUCUCUAAGUAUCCUUUCCAUUAAUUUGCGCACCACUGACGUCAAACUAACAGGUCUAUAAUUGCUAGGUUUACUCUUAGAACCCUUUUUAAACAAUGGAACAACAUGCGCAGUACGCCAAUCCUCCGGCACUAUUCCCGUUUCUAAUGACAAUUUGAAAUAUUUCUGUCAAAGCCUCUGCUAUUUCUACACUAACUUCUCUCAAUGUCCUGGGGAAUAUCCUGUCAGGACCUGGAGACUUAUCCACUUUUAUAUUUUUCAAAAGUGUCAGUACUUCCUCUUCUUUGAAUCUCUUAGUUUCCAUAGCUAUUCUACUUGUUUCCCUUACCUCACAUAAUUCAAUAUAUCCUUGGUGAAUACAGAAGAAAAUAAAUUGUUCAAUAUCUCCCCCAUCUCUUUUGGCUCUGCAGAUAGCUGUCCACUCUGACUCUCUAAUGGACCAAUUUUAUCCCUCUUUAUUCUUUUGCUAUUAAUAUAGCUGUAGAAACCCUUUGGAUUUACUUUCACCUUACUUGCCAAGGCAACCUCAUAUCUUCUUUUAGCUUUUCUAAUUUCUUUCUUAAGAUUCUUUUUACAUUCUUUAUACUCCUCAAGCACCUCAAUUAGUCCAUGCUGCCUUUAAUGAUUGUAGAUCUCUCUCUUUUUCCGAACCAAGUGUCCAAUUUCCCUUGAAAACCAUGGCUCUUUCCAAAUUUUACUAUUUCCUUUCAACCGAACAGGGACAUAAAGAUUCUGUACUCUUAAAAUUUCAUCUUUAAAUGUCCUCCAUUUCUCCUCCACAUCCUUCCCAUCAAACAAAAUGUCCCAAUUCACUCCUUUUAAAUCCUUUCGCAUCUCCUCAAAGUUAGCCUUUCUCCAAUCAAAAAUCUCAACCCUAGGUCCAGUUCUGACCCUCUCCAUACUUCCCCUCAACCUCCAACAUUGCAGAGAAAACAAUUGUUUAUUAAUGAUUUGGAUAAAAGGAUUGAAGGCUUGUGGCCAAAUUUGCAGAUGAUGCUAAGAUAGGUGGAGCCCGGCUGUGUAGAAGAAGCAACGGCUCUGCAGAAGGACUUGGACAGGUUGACAGAGUUGGCAGAUGGAAUAUAGUGUAGCAACGUGCAGAGCCAUGCAUUUUGGAAAUAAGAAUACAAAUAAAGAUUAUUUUCUAAAUGGAGAGAGAAUCCAGAAAUCAGAGGUGUAAAGGGACUUGGGAAUGCUGGUGCAUAAUUCUCAAAAAGUUAAUUUGCAAGUCAAAUCUGUAGUAAGGAAGGCAAAUUCAAUGCUAACAUUUAUAUCAAGAAGACUGGAAUGCAAACACAGAGGUGUAAUGCUUAGGCUCUAUAAGGCACUGGUCAGGCUGCAUUUGGAAUACUGUGAGCAAAUUUGGCCCCAUAUCUGAGGAAGGAUGUGCUGGCUCUGGAGAGGGUCCAGAGGAGGUUUACAAGAUUGAUCCCAGGAAUGAGAGGGUUCGCAUAUGAUGAGCAUUUGACAGCACAGGGCCUGUACUCGCUGGAGUUUUGAAGGUUGAGGGCGGGGGGGGCUCGAUUGAAACUUACAGAAUGGUGAACGGCGUAGAUGGAGUGGAUGUGGAAAGGAUGAUUCCACUGGUCGGAAAAUCUAGGACCAGUCAUAGCCUCAGAAUUUAAGGAGGUUCUUUAAGAAAGGUGAGGAGGAACUUCUUUAGUCAGAGGCUAGUUAAUCUGUGGAACUCAUUGCCACAGAGGGCUGUGGAGGCCAAUUCAGUGGAUAUUUUCAAGGCAGAGAUGGACACAUUUUUGAUUAAAACGGGUGACAAGGAUUAUGGGGAAAAGGCAGGAAAAUGGGAUUAGGAGGCAGAGAUCAGCCAUGAAUGAAUGGCGGAGUAGACUCAAUGGGCCAAAUGGCCUAAAUCUAUCCCUAUAACUUGUGAACAUGUGAAUCCAAGUAUAUCCAACCUCUCCCUGUAGCUGAAACUCUCUAAUCCAGGCAGCAUUCUGGUAAACCUCCUCUUCACCCUAUCCAAAGCCUCCACAUCUUUACUGUAACGGGGUUACCAGAACUGCAGGUAAUACCCCAAAUGUCCAACUGCCUGAUAUCCUGACUCUUAUAUUGAAUGACCCUAGCAAUGAAGGCAAACAUACCGUAUGUGUUCUUUACCACCCUAUCUACAUGUGCUGCCAACUUCAGUGAGCUAUGAUCUUGGACUCCAAGAUCCCUCUGCAUAUUAAUGGAGUUUAAGGAUCUUGCCAUUAACUGUAUACUUUCCUUACAUCCAACCUCUCAAAGUGCAACACCUCAUACAUGCUCAGGUUAAAUCUCAUCUGUCAUUUCUCUGCCCAUUUCUGUAGCUGAUCUAUAUCCCAUUGCAUCUUCUGACAACCUAUCUUGCUGUCUGCAACUCCUCCAAAUUUGGUAUCAUCAGCAAACUUACUCACAAACCACCCGCAUUUACCUCUAGGUCAUUUUAGUUUAGUUUAGAGAUGCAGCACGGAAACAGGUCCUUUGGCCACCUGUGUCCCAACGACCAGUGAUCCCCACACAUUAACACGACCCUACACAUUGCGGACAAUUUUACAUUUAUACCAACCCAAUUAAUGUGUAUGUCUUUGGAAUAUGGUAGGAAACUUAAAAUCUUGGAGGAAACUCACGCCGGUCACAGGGAGAAUGUACAAACUCCGUACAGACUAGCUCCCGAGUCAGGAUCUAACCCAGGUCUCUGGGGCUGUAAGGCAGUAGCUCUACCACUACACCACCAAGCCGCCCUUAUUUAGAUUAGAUUAGACUAGACUUUAUUAAUCCCCUUAUUCAGGAGAAAUUCAGAUGUCCUUGCAGCACAUUAAUAAAAGUACAACAUAGCAUUCAAGAAGAAAUUCAACACCAAAACACAAAAACAUCCACCCACAGUGGGAACCAAAGUCCAGUCCCCAUCCUCUUGUCCACCCAGAGUCGGGCCUAUUGAGGCUUCCACAGUCGCCGCCACGGCGUCCGAUGUUCUCGCCGGGUGAUGUUUAUAUGGAUCACAAACAGCAGAGGUCCCAGCACAGAUCCCUAUGGAACUCCACUUGUCACAGACCUCAUGUUGGAAUAUCUACCUUCCACCACAACCCUCUGAAUAAGCCCGUUCUAAAUCCAUACGACCAAGUCACUGUGAAUACCGUACAUCUGAAUCUUCUGGAUCAGCCUACCAUGAGGAAUCUUAUCAAAAGCCUUACUAAUAUCCAUGUAUGCAACAUCCACUGCCCUGCCUUCAUCAAUCUCCUUCGUCAUCACGUCAAAAAACUCAUUAGUGAGACAUGACCUGAGGAACACCAGGUGGCACAAAUGAUGGCUGCCUCGCCAACGGUCCGUCUUGUCUAUUUCCUUCUUUGUUGUUUUUAGCUUGUUGUAAAAUGUUUGUUUUAGUUUAUCUUUAGUCUUGUAUUAUGUGCAGGGGGUCGGGGAAUUGCCUUCCAUCACAGUUGGGAAUGUGGAGGAGCCGCUGUGGUGGAUGUUUAUGCCAACUUUUAUGUAGUUGUGUAUCUUGUUGCUUUUUAUUGGUAUGACUAUGACAAAUCAAAUUCCUCGUAUGUUGAAAAACAUACGUGGCUCAUAAAUUACGAAUAUGACUGAUUACAAAGCCAUGUUGACUAUCCCUAAUUAGCCCAUUCUCUUCAAAAUGAAAAUAAAUCCAAUCUCUAUGAAUUUUCUCCAAUAGUUUGCCGAGACUCACAGGCCUAGAAUUCCCUGAGUUCUCUCUACUACCUUUCUUAAACUCCCACCCUUUCAUUCCCACUCUCCUCAUCCUUACCCCAACCCAUCCCUUUCUUCCCCCUCACAUACCCUCACUGCCCCUCCCCUCCUCACUCUCCCUCCCUCACUCUCUCCCUCCCCUCAUUCCCUCCCUCACUCCUUCAAAACAGUAGUGCACAGUGUCAUUCAAUAGAGCUUGGAAAGAAAUUAUAUUUUAAAUAGUUCAAUAGUGCUUUAUUUGUCACGUAUACAA